UAUUUCCCGUUGCUACAGGUGGCGUCGUUAGAAAUAUUUUAGAUGAGAUCUCUUCUGUUUUGUGCAAAACAUGAUUUCUUCUUCUGUUUGCAUUAAUAUUGAAAGUUAAAUUAAAGAACAAAGAUUAAAGAUGUCUGAUGUAAAGAAGCUAGAUAUUCCGCAAAAGUCGGAGUGUGUAAAAGUUGUUGUGAGAUGUCGUCCUCUAUCAGAGAAAGAAGUACAGAAAGGAUACGAAAGGGUAGUGGAGAUGAACACAAAAAGAGGUGUUAUUGAGAUUAGGAAUCCUAAAUUGCCACCAUCGGAUCCAAAGAAAACCUUUACAUUUGAUACUGUUUAUGACUGGAAUUCCAAACAGAGGGAUUUGUAUGAGGAGACUUUCAGAGAUCUUGUGGAGAAUGUUCUUCAGGGAUUUAACGGGACAAUUUUUGCCUAUGGUCAGACUGGAACAGGCAAAACACAUACAAUGCAAGGAUUAAAAAAUGAUCCUGAACAGCGAGGGGUGAUUCCUAACUCAUUUGAACAUAUAUUUAGUCAUAUAUCUAACUCGGAAAAUCAACAGUACCUCAUAAGGGCCUCUUACUUAGAAAUAUACCAGGAGGAAAUACGUGAUCUUUUAUCGAAGGACCAGAACAGACGUCUAGAGUUAAAGGAGCGACCAGAUACGGGUGUUUAUGUGAAGGUUCUACAGUUGAUUGGAGAGAUUACAGUUGCUGGUAUUUCGGGUGUAGAUACCUUCAGGGAAAACUUGUCUUCUUCUACCAGCAACAUGAGCAAUGUGCAAGAAGCUUCUUGUACAAAUGAUGGAGAUGCGCAUGCUUCAAGUAGUGGUAAUUUGGCAGAAUCAGCACCAUCUGCUACCCUUGUUAAUACAAGUAACUCUGAAAAAAGAAAAAGGACAGUGAGUGAACCAAUAGAUAAAUAUCAAGAACUUCUUGAUAUUGAAAGGAAGAAGUGCAAAUUUCUUGAAGAAAUUCUCAACACGCAAAAGCAGCAAAAUGAAAAUCUGGGGGCAAUUUCUAAGGAAUUGAAGCGACUUACUGACAUCAUUGCAUACAAAAGUACUAUUGAUAAUCUCCUUGAACUUUAAAUAUCAAAGUAUACAUUUUCCAAAUACAAAAUGCAGUCAUAAAAUCAUAUACUUAGGAAGGACAGUGGAAAUUAAAUAAAUAUAGUGAACUAAAGAAAUGAUAUAUUCCAAGCAGUGAUUUUACAGCUAAAUUAAAAUUAUUGAUUUGAUUUCGGAUGCCAGAGAUUAUAUAAAGAAGGCACAGCUCUUGUGAUAACAUGCUGCACAUCCGGACAUCAAACAGUGAUUUUAUAAAGCCAUAAAAUCACUGAUUGGGAUAUAUUAUUUUGAUUCUAACAUGACAUUAACUUAAACAUGGUGCUAUACCUUAAAUCAAGCUAAAUGUUUGUUUCUUUACUUCUUCCCGCG